GUCCGGGUGAAUGAUUGUAGAGAAUCGCUCAGACGAACUUCUCUCCCACCUCUCUCUUCUCAAACCAAAAUUCGGCAGACACGAAAACCAGCACCUUCUGCAUCGUUUCUAUGAAUUAAAGCGGAUUCCCUGCAAAUCCCCUUGGUUCCGUCCACCGGUGAAGAAGCGCUUUGAGAAUCGACUAGAAUCCGAGAUUCUUGGGGAGGGGAAAUGUGGGGAUUCGAAAGCAGGUACUAUUGGUGUAAGAAGGAAAGGCGAGGAGGGAAAAUUGAAGGGAUAAUUGUGGUGUUUACUUGGAUGUCGAGUCAAGAGAGGCACCUGAGGAAGUACGUAGAACUUUACUCGUCUCUCGGCUGGAAUUCGCUUGUUUGCCACUCUGAAUUCCUCAACAUGUUCUUCCCUGAGAAGGCUGCAACAAUAGCUUCUGCAGUUCUCAAUGAACUUCUGGAGGAGCUAAAGGUUAGGCCAUGCCCAGUCGUCUUUGCAUCAUUUUCUGGUGGAACAAAAGCUUGCAUGUACAAGGUUCUUCAGAUAAUUGACAGAAAGCAUGAAGCACAACUGAACAAGGAUGAAUGCCAAUUGAUUAGAGACUGCAUUGUGGGGCACAUUUAUGAUUCCAGUCCGGUGGAUUUUACCAGUGAUUUAGGGACUCGGUUUGCUGUUCAUCCAUCUAUUCUCAAAAUCUCCCGUCCACCGAGAUUAGCUACAUGGAUAGCAAAUGGUAUUGCCUCUGGCCUUGAUGCUCUCUUCCUCAGCAGGUUUGAAUCUCAGCGUGCUGAGUAUUGGCAGACUCUGUACUCCUCGGUUAGCAUCGGGGGACCAUAUCUCAUUUUUCGCUCCGAAAAUGAUGAUUUGGCUCCUUAUCAAAUCAUCGACAAUUUUGCUCAACGACUAAAAGAACUUGGUGGUGAUGUAAAACUUGUGAAAUGGAGUGUCUCACCUCAUGUAGGUCAUUUUUUGCAGUACCCAAUUGACUACAGGGCUGCUGUUACUGAACUGCUUGGUAAGGCAUCUGCACUUUAUUCCCAAAAGAUUCGACGACUUGAAGGAGAGAAGGCAGAGUUAGAAGGAAUACAUGAUGAUGUAUCUGAGCCAAUCCAUGAGCUGAGGAAAGCCGCUGUAAGCCCUCGUCAGAGCUUCAGGGGGACAAGUGACAAUUUCCUCCUGCCUAGCUCUAUGGAGUAUUAUGAAGGUGGAGAUGUUGGAUCAAUGCAAGAUGAAAGCAAAGAAGGUGUUAUUCAUUUGCCUAACCCGCCAACCAUGAAUCCACAUGGAGUUCUCGGCCAAAUCCUUUUUGAUGUGUGUGUUCCCAGGAAUGUGGAAGGUUGGGAUAUGAGGUCAUCAGGUUCCAUGAAUGGACGCCCAUAUGCUUCUAGGCAGAGGCAUGCUCCGUUUAAUCCCAUUAAGUGCAUACGUAGAUCUAGAUUGUAACAUCUAAAACUGAUAAGUCCCAGAGGAGAGUUGUCCCUAAUUCAUGGAGAGUUGAGUUGGUAAAUCUAGAUGAAGGGCAAGUAAUCUUAAAGGUACUUAAUAUUCCAGGAACAUGAAUAAAUAAGGCAAUAUGGAAUCCUCUUGCCGGAGAAUAAUAGCAUUGCCUUGGUUUAGUCUUCUUGUCAAAAUGUGUAGAUACUAUUGUACAGAUAAUUGUAAAAAUGAAAGAGAGUAAGGCGGAUACUAUCCAUCUUGUUUCUACAA